AUGUCGUUAUUACCGAAAACAACUAGUGAAUUUACUGAUCCGAAAUUCUGGAGAAACUUCUUUGCAGCGAGGAAAUCACCGUUCGAGUGGUAUGGGGACUAUGAUGUUUUGGGUGUCGUUGUGGAGAAAUACCUCAAAACGACGGACGCUAUACUUCAAAUCGGCUGUGGCAACUCACAGUUAGCAGCGCAAUUGUAUGAUAACGGCUACCGCACAGUGCAUAGCAUAGACACAGACGCUGCUGUCAUCGACGAGCAACGUUUGAGGAAUAAGGAGCGUCCCGAACUUGUAUUUGGUGUUGACGAUGCCACUUCGCUAUCUUUCGGAGAUGAAUCCUUUUCCGCUGUUGUAGACAAAGGUACCCUAGAUGCACUUUUACCCCCGGAAGCAACAGAACUGCAAAUGAAAGCUGUUGAAAAUAUGUUCACAGAAGUAGAUCGGGUUCUUCGAGUAGGAGGCCGCUAUCAAGUUGUUACCCUUGCUCAGCAGCAUAUCGUACAGUUUUGGAGUGAAUACUUUCGUCGUAGCGGCCGAUUCCUUCUUCGGGUACACGAGGUAGAAAAUCGCGCUUCUGGAUUUCCUAUGCCCGUCUUUGUUUUCAUAGCUACGAAACUCCGAAAUCCUAUGAAUGUUCCAAUGCCUAUAGAAUUUUGCCGAGCAACAGGCAGUAAAGUUGAACGCUACUUUGAUCAAAAAGAUUUGUUGUCUACUAUUGCAGCCGAGCAGGAAUUGAGCCAAUUUGUGCAUCAUUGCUCAAGAAAAUUGGAAGCAGAAGCUUCCAUUGCCAUAGAAAGCUCUGAAGGAAACGGGCCUCGCUACCGUAUCUUCAUUGUUGACAAAUCUAACGCUAGGCAAAUCCAGAGCUACGCUGUUUUUAUCGUUCCUUUGGGUCGCGAAGGCGAAUGGAUAUUUUUCACUGAAAAAGGACGUCGAACGCUACUUGAACAAGCGCAAAAAGAUCGCCUCGCUGUAGUAAUUCUGUCUCGAGAUCUCAAUUAUUCAUCGCUGAAAGAUGUGCAAGAUGAACUGGGUCCUUUUGUCUCCAGACUCGAUCCAAGAGAAAAAGGCGGAAUGAUAGAUUUUCUGUCUUGUGGUAGUGUAGAUGUAAGAAAUACCCGAGCCACGGGUGAGUCAAAGAUGAAUGGGAAGUGGACAGUGGAGGAUGUUGUCAUUGAUGAACAAGAAUAUAGACGACUAAUCUUUCUUUCUAGUUCGAACAUUGUCCAAUCAGAAGCUCCACUCAAAAUCGUAAAGGGAAAGAAAACAGUUAAUCUUGAUAGACUAAGCUGUGAUCAUCAUACUCUUAUGCUUGCUGGUCUAUCCUUAUUACCUCAGAAUCCCUUUGCCAAUCCAUCAAAUGCCCCACUCAAGUUGGCCGUAUUGGGCUUGGGAGGAGGUCUAUUGGCAUCAUUUUUAAUGCAUCAUUUGACAAAGGCUGUCAUUGAUGGCAUUGAAUUGGAUCCAGAUGUUGUAGAAAUCGCUACAAAAUGGUUUGCCCUGCCGCGUAACAAUUCACGUAUGAAAGUGAAAGUGAUCGAUGCUAUUGAUUAUUUGGAAGAGGCAGCGAAGAGAGAUGAUCAAGGGAAACUGGACAUGCUUUUUGUGGAUGUCGCUGGCCCUGUUCAUGACUCUGGUCUCAGCUGUCCUCCUGCUGUAUUCUUGACUGAUCCAGUGUUGUGCAACAUGAAAAAAUCUCUAGCUCCUAAUGGCAUCAUCGCAUUGAACCUUGUAACGAGGGAUGAAGAGGUAUCUCUGAAGGCUAAGCGCUCAAUCUCUGCGCAUUUUCCAACAAUGUACCACAUUCAUUCGGAAGAAGACGUUAAUGAGGUUCUUUUGCUCAGCCCAUCGCCAACGCACUCAUUCGAUCCUCUGAAAUUCUCGCAAACAAUGCGAACAGAUAUUCCAUGGGUGAAAGAUUUGGUUCCAGUAGUGAAGCGGAUCAAACCCAUCAAGUUACCUUGA